GAAUUGUUGAAUUUCCUAAUCCAGCUCUCGAAUGCCGUUUAUGCAUGCAUGUGAUCUUUCGCCUCGGUUCAAAGCAAGAUAAUCGAAUGCGAAAGCGAUACAGUCCCACCUUUCCCAUACCUCAUAUUGAAGCUCCCAUCCCACAUCGAACAUUGAGCCUGUGUUCGAUAUCUUGCCGCAAACAUGCCUGGCACAUCGAGAAUGCCGGUGAGCUUGCGCAACACCUUCACUUUGAAGAAGGGCAGCUCCAGUAGCCAAUUGCUGUCGUUGAACAUUGAUCUGUUUCGGAACAUCAUCUUCUUCCUGUUCUUACUACGAUGGACGAGAAAGGGUCUGCUGAAGUUAAAGGGGCGGGGCAUCUUUGGGACAUUCGCAGAUGCAUAUAUCGCCAUCCGACGAAAUCUAUACGGAUUGUUCCUGCGAGCUCCAGGCGUACGAUCGCAAGUCCAGAAACAAGUUAGCGAAGCUAUUACGAAGCUACAGACCAAGCUUGUGCCUUCUGGACCAGGUGUAAUUCGAUAUUUGAAUCUGCCGAAGGAGGGAUGGUCUGAGGAGACGGUAUUGAAGGAAUUGGAAACAUUGGCGAAUAUGGAUCAUACUAGAUGGGAAGAUGGCUUCGUUUCUGGAGCUGUGUAUCAUGGAGGAGAUGCGCUGAUCAAAGUGCAAACUGAGGCCUUUGGCAAAUUCACAGUUGCAAACCCGAUUCAUCCUGAUGUUUUCCCUGGAGUACGAAAGAUGGAGGCGGAGAUUGUGAGCAUGGUGCUUGCUAUGUUCAAUGCCCCACCUGGAGCAGCUGGUGUUACGACGAGUGGAGGAACGGAAUCUAUCUUGAUGGCUUGUUUGAGUGCUAGACAGAAGGCGUAUGCUGAGAGAGGUGUUACUGAGCCAGAAAUGAUCCUCCCAGAGACAGGCCACACAGCAUUCCGCAAAGCUGGCUCUUACUUCGGUAUCAAAGUCCAUCUCGUAGCUUGCCCCGCUCCGAGUUAUCAAGUCGAUAUCCGAGCCAUUUCGAGACUCAUAAACAGCAAUACCGUUCUACUUGUUGGCUCAGCACCUAACUUCCCCCACGGAAUUAUUGAUGAUAUUUCAGCUCUCUCCAAGCUAGCCGUCAAGCGAAGAAUUCCCCUACAUGUGGACUGCUGUCUUGGAUCCUUCCUUGUUCCAUUUCUAGAGAAAGCAGGAUUCGAGACCGAGCUCUUCGAUUUCAGACUCAAGGGCGUUACAAGUAUUAGCUGUGAUACCCACAAAUAUGGAUUUGCACCUAAGGGUAAUUCAACUGUUCUCUACCGAACCGCAAACUUGAGACAAUACCAAUACUACAUCUCACCAGACUGGUCCGGAGGCGUUUAUGCUUCUCCUUCAAUCGCUGGUUCUCGACCUGGAGCUUUGAUUGCUGGUUGUUGGGCAAGCUUGAUGAGCGUAGGCGAGACUGGAUAUAUCAAUUUCUGCGGAGAAAUCGUCGGCGCCACGAAGAAAAUCAUCGAGGCUAUCCAGGAGAAUGCCGGACUGAAGGAAGAUCUGGAAGUCAUGGGUCAUCCAUUAGUUUCCGUUGUGGCUUUCACUUCUAGAUCGUUAGAUGUCUAUGAUAUUGCUGACGCAAUGUCGGCUAAGGGAUGGCACUUGAACUCUUUGCAAAAUCCGCCAGCUAUUCACGUUGCGGUCACUCUGCCCAUCACUAAGGUGUGGGAGAAGUUAGUUGGUGAUCUGGAAGCCGUCAUUGAAGGCGAGAAGGAGAAGGAGCGGGUGAGGAUUGUGGAAGGAAAGGGUGCCAAAGGCAAGGCUGUUGGUGACAGUGCUGCUCUCUAUGGCGUAGCUGGAAGUCUGCCCAAUAAGAGUGUUGUUGUGGAGCUAGCGAGUGGUUUUCUGGAUACGCUGUAUAAAGCUUAGAUGUAAGAUCUUAUGAUGUCCGUCGGGCGUUUAGAUACGGUUUCCUUGCAUACAGCUCUUGGCGUUUCGGUCAUUCAGCUCAAAAUUGUAAUUUGUUCCAGCUUUCAGUGGUAUGAAGACAUUGACAUAAUUAAAAUGUUAUACCUUAUGACUGCCAUUCUCGUUCCGGUAG